GUCUUGGAAAUAUCAUUGCCACUAACUUUGUCCAAGCCACUGCUUUGUCCAAUAUCAUUGGAUAACAUUGUUCAUACUUCUAAACAUACAGAAACAAUCAUCAUACUCCUCAACAUCUGGAAAAGAACUAUUGAUGGGUCAGUAAAUGCAGGGACUCUUGCUUAACUCGUCACGUGGUCGCUUCUUAAUAAGGCCAGAACGAGAAUCAAAUAACUCCCCUCCACGAUGACAACCUGCCUAGAAGCAUACCCAACAGGUUGAUUUGUUGUCGUUGAUGUAUAAUGUGUAGUCUUUGUUCUCACCAUUCCUGCUAUCAUAGAAAAAAUUACAUUGGUACAAAGACUUAAUUAAACUACUUCCAAUAAAAAAACUAUUAGAAGAAUACCAGAAGGAACACUAAAACAUUUUAGUAGUAUUGGUACCAAUCCGUAUGUACUAGUAUCGCUUCAGUGGUACUGGUAAAAAUCAAUUGGUACUAGUACCACUACAACUAAAACCAGCGGUACCAUUCCAUUAAACUACCACUAUUAUUAUACCAAUGUAAUUGGUAGUUGCUACCAGUAACACAAAUACCACUAGAAUCGGUACCAAUUGAAAACAAAAGCGGGUCAUCUAAAGUAACUUCGACUACCACUCCCAGUAACAAUGAAUCAUUUUAAGCCCACUGCCGUCAGACCAAAAUUCACCGGUACACAUAUAUUAAUGCUACGACUAAUAAACUACCACUGGAACUGGUACAAGUGGUACCAUCCUAGUAAACUACCACUGGAAUUGUACUAGUGGUACCAUUGAAUUAAACUAACACUAUUAGGCUACAAUUAAAGAUACCUCUCCUACGAUGGUUUGCAUGGCAGCAAGAAGGGACGACAGCGGAAGGAUGUCGACAAUGCAAUGAAAGAACAAAUUUUUUUUACUAGUUAUGACUAAGAUUAAAGCAUUUCGACCAAAAAAAAAAGAUUAAAGCAGGACACACCUAGCUCUAGAAACAUGAUCAACAAAGAAGGGGGAAGACGUCGGAGAAAAGACUAAAGCAAGGAGUCAGGGCAAUUAGGGGAGAAGAAUGGUUGUCAAAGAAAUUACAAUCGCCAUGAUGCGGGUCGACAAAAAAGAAGAAAUAAAUGGUGAAAUCGAUUGGAAUUACCUCCUAACCGGACAACCAAGUCUUCGACCUCAACCAAACGGGGGAGAUGAUGGAGGGAGAAAAGCGUCGAGAAAGUUGAUCGGCGACGGUUGCUGGGUUUUUUGGGAUACGAUGGAGGAGAAAGGGUUUUUGGGCAGACGAACAAUUUUUUGUGGGGAAGGUGGUUGAUUUCUCUCCCCAACAAAUCCUUUCCCCCUUCAAAACCCGCAUGAUAUUAUAGGAGAGAUGGACGUGCGGAUCCGAUGCGACACUCUCUUUUUUGCCCUUGAUAAUUAUAGACCGCCAGAUCAUAAGAAAGGGAAUUGGACGGCUUGGAAGAGGGAAGUGAAACUCACAACCCCUAAGGAGGUUGUUAGUUGUUACGCUAUCUCAACCCGUUGGAUUAUGGAGUUGAGGGAUUUUAAAGUAUAAGUAAAGAUUGAUUUUAAAAUGUUACCUAUGUCAAGUGGUAUUGUAAAGCUCUCUACUUUGAAUGGUUUUGUUUCUAUCCCAUCUUCACAAAUUCCAACCCAAUUGAGAUGAAAUGAUAAUACUAAGAAUAAUAAGGUAAUUCAAUCAACAAUUUUUACAACCCGCUAUGCUAUUCGUAACCCAUAUAUUAGAAAUAAACAUAAGAACAAUAACAUUUUCAAAAUUCACGGUCCAUCUAUUUUAAAAACAAUCUUUUCCCGGUUUUAAAAAUUUAUCCUCUUCAUAAUAUUCUAAUAAUAUAGAGACUCUGAAUGAAUUACCAAGAUGAGAAUGGUUCCUAAUUUUCUAUACAGCCUAAAAGAUAUAAAAUACAAAGUCUAUUUUCAUAUUGAGUCAUAAAUAGAGAUGCAAUACUCAGAAACAGCCAUCAAAUGAGAAAAACCCUUUUUAAUUCAUGGCUUUAAGAGAUGAGCAUAUCCUAUCCUCAAACUCCAUAGAGGCACAAGUUUUUCCCCUGUGAAAAAUAAAAAAAAAAUCGACAAAAUAAAGCAUUAAAAUUUAAGUGAUAAAUUGCACAUUUUACUCAGAAAAAGUAAAAAAGAGAGGAAACCCCCAAAAAUUCUUCUUAGGGAGCAAAGGAAUAGAAGAGUAAUUUGUUCCCUACAUCACAACAAUAAAAAUCCUAACUUUCUCUCACUGUCUCUAUAUUAUUUCUCGCCGUGAAGAACCCUUUCAUUUAGCAUUCGCCUCCAACCAGAAGAUUUUCCCUCCCUCCUUCCUCAAUUCCCGUCGCUUCUGCCGGAAAAACCCAGGAAAGGGGAAGGAAAUUUAGAGAACCCCGUCUGCUCUUGAUUUGAUUUCUCGCCAUGAGGCCGCAGAAAAGGACGAUCCACAUGCUGACGACAUGGGUCAGGCGGCAGCCACCCAAAGUCAAGGCCUUUCUCGCCGUCGUAGCUGGGAUGGCGGCUCUAGUCCUCCUCCGCUUCAUCGUCCACGACCACGAUAACCUCUUCGUCGCGGCGGAGGCUGUCCAUUCCAUUGGCAUCUCUGUUCUUAUUUAUAAGCUCAUGAAGGAGAAGACUUGUGCAGGGCUAUCACUUAAAUCACAAGAACUUACUGCUAUAUUCCUAGCAUUUAGGCUGUACUGUAGCGUGGUAAUGGAGUAUGACAUACAUACGUUAUUGGAUUUAGCCACGCUGGCGACCACUCUGUGGGUUAUAUUUAUGAUCCGCUUCAAGCUGAAGUCUAGCUAUAUGGAGGACAAGGACAACUUUGCUCUCUACUAUGUGCUGGUGCCUUGUCUUGCAUUAGCCGUGGUCAUUCAUCCAACAACCUCGCAUAAUCUGUUUAACAGGAUUUUCUGGGCUUUCUGUGUAUACCUGGAAUCUGUUUCUGUGCUUCCUCAGCUGCGAGUGAUGCAGAACACCAAGAUUGUUGAACCAUUCACUGCUCAUUAUGUCUUUGCACUCGGAAUUGCAAGAUUCUUGAGUUGUGCUCACUGGGUUCUCCAGGUUUUAGAUAGUCGUGGACACUUGCUGGUAGCCUUGGGUUAUGGAUUAUGGCCAUCAAUGGUUCUUAUCUCAGAAAUCGUCCAGACCUUCAUUCUUGCCGAUUUCUGUUACUACUACGUGAAAAGUGUGUUUGGUGGGCAGCUUGUUCUACGCCUCCCCUCCGGGGUUGUAUAACCAGAGAAGAUCCAUCACCGUGGACGAUGCUUUGCCUCCAAAAUUAACUUUUGCAACGCCGUGACCUCUUUUCUGUUCCCACACGGUUUUUUGUUGUAUCAAAGUCUUGAACUUGAAGUAGGGUGGGGGAUGUUUUGUAUAUUAACAUUGCCAAAAACUUAGUUGGCUCACUGUAUUGAACAUAAUUUUCCUAGCUGAAAUUAAUACUAUUGCGUCGAAGUGUAGUGUCUUCCUUGGUUGAACGCAUAUUGAUAGUAAACCAGUUAGAUAUCAUGAACAGGAUUUGCACUUGUCUUUCUGUGUUAUUGCUUUGAUUGAACUGCAGAACAAAGACAGUAAGAAAAG